AGCGCGCUGGUUUUGUUACCUAAAUGUGUAUCUGUUUUCAUAAAGGAAACUGCUCACAAGGUUGCUGCAAACUCUUCGACGACCCGCGACCGGUUUCGCCCCUCUUGGUGUUCAUCAGGUAGGCACAGUCCCCGAGUUUCCGUCAACCUAACCCUUGGUUUGAUUCGGAUGUGUUGUUGCGAUACGGAAGAAGUAACAACUUACCGAAAUAUUCUUGUUGGUUCUGAUGCUACUACAAGAUAUGUUUCAAAUGGGCCGUCACUAUUGUGCCGUAUUAGUACGGCCAUGAAUGGCAACUCCACUUUCUCUGGUCCAGCGGUGGAUUCGAUGUCCACAAGCUUGUUGCUUGCCAUCUUGUGUACGACUUGUGAUGUAGUUCUUUUUAGCGUGACCACAGCAUCCUGUGAACAGCUAAUUCUGAAUUUGGAAUUGAUCAGUGGUAGUAGAGAACGCCCUGAUAUCUGCAUUAAAGCUUCGGUGAUAAAUGCCGUCAUUGGGGAUCCAAAGGGAUUUCCUCACCUGCGUUGGUGUACUUGCUCAAAACUACUCAUAAGGUUGUUGAAAGCUCUUCGGCAACCCACGACCGGUUUCGCUCUUCUUGGGGCUCAUGAGGUAGGUGCAGUCCCCGAGUUUCCAUCAACAUUAUGUUCUACUUUACUUGAACCUGGACUGUUUUCGAGAAAUGCACUCAUUUGA